CCUGCCUUCAGCCUCCCCACACAGAGGCCCCAGGAAGCCCCAGCCAACUGCUCUCAGCAACUCACUAGCUGCCUAACUGCGGUGGCUUAUGGGGCACUGUCCCGCCCCACUCUGCUAAGAUGCUCCUAGCCUCUCCCUCCACCCCAUCCAGGGCACGGACCCCCAGCGCGGUGGAGAGGCUGGAGGCCGACAAAGCUAAGUAUGUCAAGACGCACCAGGUGAUAGCGCGACGCCAGGAGCCAGCCCUGCGCGGCGGUCCGGGGCCGCUCAUGCCGCACCCCUGCAAUGAGCUGGGGGCCCCUGCAUCUCCCAGGACGCCCAGGCCGGCCCGCCGGGGUAGCGGCCGGCGGCUGCCAAGGCCGGACUCCCUCAUCUUCUACCGUCAGAAGCGGGACUGCAAGGUUUUGGUGAACAAAGAGAACGCCAAGGGCCAGGGGCUGGUGCGACGCCUCUUCCUGGGCACCCCCCGAGACGCCUCCUCGAGCAGCCCGGGCCCAACGGAGCGACCUGCGGCUACAGGAAGUUGGACCGCACCCCAAGAGGCCCCGGAAGCGGCGGGCAAGCGGGCGCUGUGCCCCACGUGCUCGCUGCCCCUGUCGGAAAAGGAGCGCUUCUUCAACUACUGCGGCCUGGAACGCGCGCUGGUGGAGGUGCUGGGUGCCGAGCGCUUCUCUCCGCAGAGCUGGGGCGCGGACGCCAGCCCCCGGCCCGGAACGUCGCCGCCGCCUGGCUCCGGGGACACCAGCGACUGGACAUCCAGCGAUGGUGGCGCGGAUCGCUCAGAUCACGCAGGCGGCGGUGGCGGCGGCGACUCGGAGGCAGCGGGAUCCGCGCGGGACGGGCGCCCCCCGGUGUCG